AUGUCUCACUGUCAUGACGAGCAUGGCCAUCAUGGCCACCACCAUGAUGAGCAUGACCAUUCGGACGAUAUCACGCCCGCGCUGCAGUUUUCACUCUACCAGCACAUCGACUUUGACAACAUCACAACUCUCAACGAGAGCGUGCACGGAUCUGGCAAGGCCAUAACCAAGAAGGAGUGGACCGACCGGCUGAGCGACCAGCCCGAGGUUGCCAGCGAUGCCGAUGAGCAGUUGAUCAUCAAUGUUCCCUUCGCCGGGCAGGUCAAGCUCCACUCGAUCCUCAUCCGCACCUCGCAGUCGGCCAGCGCGCCCAAGACGCUCAAGGUCUUCCAGAACAGGGAGGAUGUCGACUUCGAGGCGGCCGAGGACACGCCCGCCGAGCAGGAGUUCGAGCUCUCCCAGACCUCAGAGGUGCAGGACAUCCCCGUGAAGCGUGCCAAGUUCGGCAAGGUCCAGCGCCUGGCCCUGUUCUUCCCGGAUAACUUUGGCGACGGCGAGGAGGACGUCACGAGGAUCACGUACCUCGGUUUCAAGGGCGAAUGGACCCAGAUCGGGCGCGCUCCUGCAAAUAUCCUUUACGAGGCCGCUGCCAAUCCAAAUGAUCACAAGCUCAAGGGAACCGACAUCAAUCAGAUGGGCAGUGGGGUUGGUCAAUAG